UACACAGAGAAAGAGAGAAAAAAAGAGAGAAAAGUUGGGGAGUAGGAAGUUUUUCAAACUACACAAAACAAAUACUGCUUUUGGCACUUUUCAUCCCUCUCGAUGUCUCUAAAUAUAUAUUCGAAAUUCCUCCUUUAAUUAUCAUGAAUUAUCAUGCUAUGCUAUGCCUGUUACUUGUUCUGUCUUCAUUAAAAAAAACACACAGAAAAAAAAGAAGAAAAAAUAUUUAGAGGUAAAUUAAGCUCCGCCCCCUUUAGCACACUGUUUAUUGCCACACCAGAGCGCCGCUUAGUAACGAUCUCGCGAGAUGCCUCGCGAACACAGCAACAAGACAACCAAAAUAAAGUGAGCACAACAAACCCGGAGCGCAUGAUGGCGGCUUUGCUGCUGCGCCGGGAUAAGAGAUCCACCGCCGCCCACCUGAAGGCAGACCUCCAGCGGGCCGACAACAGCUCGGGGCUGCGGCAGCUGCGGGAGCUGCUGGACACCGUGCUGGACCCGCAGCGCGGCUCGGACCCUGACCCGGAGGGGCUGGACUGGUGUAAAUGGCUGCUGGCCGGAGGGGACGCUUUCGACGAGUUCUGCCGGACCGUCCGAUCCUACGAUAACGCCACCCUCUGCGGGCUGGUGUGGACAGCCAACUUCGUGGCCUACCGUUGCCGGACUUGCGGCAUCUCUCCGUGCAUGUCGCUGUGUGCGGAGUGCUUCAAUAACAGCGAUCACACGGGCCAUGAUUUUAACAUGUUCCGGAGUCAGGCCGGCGGGGCCUGUGACUGCGGGGACGGGAACGUGAUGAAAGAGAGCGGGUUUUGUAGUAGGCAUCGGUUAAAAACGGGAGAGAAUGUGCCAUCAGUCCCUUGGGAUCUGCUGCUCAUGUCUGAGAUGGUGCUGCCGCGGUUUAUCAUCACUAUCAUUCAGUACCUGAGAGACGGCUACACUGAACCAGAGUCGGCCACUGACCGAGAUCUGCAGAAGGUUCUGCAGCAGUUGGAGCCGCACAUAUCGUUCUUAGAAGAGCUCACCAAGAUGGGCGGGGCCAUGCGCACCGUUCUCACCAAGAUCUUAACCAAUCAGCAGACGUUUAAAGAACUGAGCAUGGGUGAGUAUGAGAUGUGA